GUCAUCCAUUGUUUAGCGCUGUGUCGUUGUGGGAGCAUCCGCCAACAUGCCGCGAGGGUUGCCACUGCCGCCGGGGUACUUUCGAUGCCCACCACUCAGUCCUGAAGAUAUUCGACCCUGCACUGACCUUACGGAGACCAUGUCCAUCGAUCUGAUUCAGCACGCGCAGCUCAGUGGCGGCCCCAUUGCGUGGACGUUGGACGCACGCAACAGCGACCCCGACAUGCAAGUGUAUGCCGGCGACGAUCCGUUGGCGCCUCCGGGUGUGGUCUCCUUCUGCGCUGUCACGGACGUCAAGGCCACCGUGGACGACGUGGCGGGUCUGUUUUACACCCCUACGACCGCCGACUACCGCGCGUACUGCCAGCAGUCUGCCAAGGGCUCGUUAGAUGCGGCGGUGCUGUACACGUUGGCGGCGCCGUCGUCUUCGUUUCCCCGGCACAGCAUCGCCAUCAAAUGGGUCUCGAUGACUCUGAUGGCGGGCCUGCCGGCGCGGGACGUCGUGUUCCUCGAGUGCCACCACGACUUUGACAUGCAGGGAGGGCGGCGGGGGUGGGUCCGUUGCUGCAAGUCCAUCGAGAUCUCGUGCUGUCCAGACCUGCGGGACUCGCACGGACUCGUGCGCGGCUCGUUUCACCGCGCCGGCUUUGUGUGCGUCGAGACCGAUGUCCCCGGCACGCUGCGGGUGACGUACGUGGUGCAGAUGGACGUCCGUACCCGCCUGCCGCGCAUCUUGGCGGCGGCGGCCGUCCGCAAAUGGACGCGGCGGUUGGCGAACAUGCAGCUGUGUGUGUGGGGCCGCAAGCUGUCGACUGAAACGUUCCUCCCCCUCGAGAAACUGAUUCCCCAAGACACGCGAGGGCGCUGCAUCCUAUGCCAGCGCAAGUUUGGCGCGUUCGGGGCCAAGGAGUCGUGUCGCAAGUGCGGGCACGUGGUCUGUCGCAGCUGCAGCAAGGACUGGCACAUCGUCACACAAGGCAGUUUGCACUGGAUGCGGCUCUGUUUUGUCUGCACCAAGCGCAAAGUCGCCUUGUCGAGCGCGAGCCUUUGGGAUCGCCAUCACAAUGCCCACAUGCCAGCAACGUUGUCCUCAAGACGGGCGAUUAGCUUGAACCACGAGCCCGGUCGAGUCUACUAUGAGCAGCAGCAGCCGUGGCAGUCGGAAGCGUCGCAGUCAUCGGGGAGCCGCCGCAGACGAACCCGACCGGGGGAAAACCAAGGGGAUGAUCGAGGCAGUGGUAUGGAAUGGACGGGCGAAAGACGUCGGGGCUUGUCCUUACCCCCGCCGACGGGCACAUGGCAGCUAGACGUAGGCCAUGUGCCUGUCAAUAGAGUCAUGGAAGCAAUAGCACCACCGGACGACAUGACACUCGUGCGCGUGAGCUCGUGGUCGGAACUUCCGGCAUCGAGACGACAGUGGCGAUGAGGAUAAGUUAGUUUAAAUGUUUGCGAAUGAUGUUAUUCUCAAACACUCCAACCCGAAAUAUGCAACAACACAUGGUGGUG